AUGUGCGCUCAGUUGGGAAAACUAAUAUAUGUCCUGUUCAUUGCGUUUUUGCGAUUGUGCAUAAGGAUGGCAGCGGUUCGGUUUCGGUUCGGAUAUCCGCGGUUUUUGGUUCUGCGGUUUUCGGUUUUGGUUCCAAAUUUCACCCACGGUUUUGCGGUUUCGGGUACCCGAAAGUCUUCGGUUUUGGUGCGGAUCCUAUAUUUCGCCCGUGGUGCUCCGUUGGGUGCCCAAAAUAGACGGCCCAUCAAAAAGCCCACCAAAAACCCUAGCUAUAUAAGUGGAAAUUUCCUCUGCCUCUUAUCCUCUCCCGUGCCUGCGUGA